AUGGUCAAAGAUUCUUCACAGUACUCUCCUGUUGAUGUUGUCGACAAUGAUAACGAGUUUGAUGAUGCAGAAUGGUUCGGUGCAGGACAUCGUCCUAAGUUGCAUACUAUCGUUCGCGUGUGGCCUAUGUUGAGCCAUGGCGCGUUGAUAUGCACAUCAAUACUCUUCUUUGCGCUGUGGAUGGGCACGCCUUCGCCCCACCUGCGUGAUGACAUUGCUAUAUACUCUCCAGCAAAUGGUGCUGUUGAACCCAUGGUCGUAAAAUUCAACGGAACCAUCGGCUGGCCUUCUAUCUAUCGGGGCCCUCCUUCCCCAGAAAUUGAUGCUGCUUGGAACAGGAUAGCUCAUGAUGUGCUACCAACUCGGAUGUCACUUGAGGAGAUUCUCAAAGCCGGCGAAGUAGAUUCACCUUCCAAGGUCAAAUAUCCAGAGGAAUUUGGUGGGGGUUUCAUGGUAUCCAUGGAGGCCCCUCACCAACUUCAUUGUCUGAAUUUACUUCGCAAAGCCUCGUGGCCCGAGUAUUACGAAGCCACGGAUGUUUUGUUCCAGGACACGCCCGAAGUAGUCCGCAUGCAUCUUGAUUAUUGUAUUGAAAUGCUCAGACAGAAUAUGAUGUGCAAUGCCGACGUGACGGUGAUAACAUGGGAUUGGGUUCGUGGACAAAAAUACCCACUCCCUAACUUCAACACCCGCCACCAAUGCAGGAACUACGAGAAAAUCUUGGAUUGGGCUGUGGAGCAUGCUGUUCAUAUACCGAAAGAGGCGAUGACUCGUUUCGAAGAUACAAUUGACAUCCCCUUGCCCUUCCAUCUGACGCACAAUGAUGUAUAA